GUAAACACCAGCGCAACGACCUGUCAACGCGAUUUUUGACGCUUUUCAGCUGACGCUUGCAUCAAAACAUACAAUGGUCGCUAUUCGGCAAACUAAAUCCAUUCUGAAACGAUUCUAUUACUGCAACGGUUUCAUGUGUCGUUGCAGUUCCACAAAGGCUGAACGAUUCAAAGAUUUCAUCGAACAACGCAGAAUGGAAGCACGUGCAAUUGCGCGGCCGGAUCCGGUGGUGAAGAAGAUCGACACUCCCGAGUUUCGUUCCAUUUUCACGCAGGAACUCAACGACCUGAUAGCUUUGUUCAAGCGGUACAACUAUGAAAUACGCGUGGCGGGUGGAGCGGUACGGGAUAUUCUGAUGAACAUGAACCCGAAAGACGUUGACAUUGCAACCACGGCAACACCGACGGAGAUGAAGGAUAUUUUCACAAAAGAAAACAUUCGGAUGAUCAACAUGAACGGCGAAAAGCAUGGGACCAUCACACCUCGGAUAAACGACAGAGAAAACUUUGAGAUUACAACCCUACGUAUCGAUGCGGUUACUGAUGGACGGCAUGCCGAGGUCAUUCACACCACCGACUGGUUGCUGGAUGCUAACAGGCGAGAUCUAACCAUUAAUUCCAUGUUUCUUGGAUUCGAUGGCACACUGUACGACUAUUUCUAUGGAUAUGAGGAUCUGCAAAAACGACGGGUAGCAUUCGUAGGGAACCCCGAUAUGCGCAUCAAGGAGGACUUUCUACGCAUAUUACGCUACUUCCGUUUCUACGGACGUAUAGCGGAAGAACCGAACCGCCACGAUGAGGAAACGUUGCGCGUCAUAACGAAGAAUGCGCCCGGGCUUGCAAAGAUAAGCGGGGAACGUAUUUGGCAAGAAUGGAAAAAGAUAUUGAGCGGAAAUUUCGGCAUCGAGCUGACGGAGGCGAUGAUCAACUGUGAGCUGGCCCCGUACAUGGGUCUGCCGGAGAAGCCUAACGUGGAAGAGUUUUUGCGCGUUUCGAAACAAGUGCGCGCGUUCGAUCCAAAGCUGCAACCCAUCACUGUUCUGUCCGCACUGCUAAACACACCCGAAGAUGCGGUAAAUCUUAAUUUGAGGCUAAAGUUUACCGUCUAUGAAAGAGAGCUAUGCUAUUUUAUAACGCAAAAUCGUGAAGAAACGGCCACAAUCGAGGAUUUGCUACAAUUUCAACAGCUCUGCCUACAAACGAUUAGCAGCGUGAAGCUAAAGAAGGAGUACGUUCUCGAACUGCUCAAGUACCACGGCAAGCGGGACCUUUAUCAGCAGCUGUUCGAUUGGCCGAUCCCUCAGUUCCCGAUCAAAGGCAAUGUCCUUAUCGCGAACGGUGCUCCAAAAGGACCGAAGCUGGGUGUGGUGAUGGAUAAGCUAAAACUCAUCUGGUCCAACAAUCAGUACAAUAUGUCACAGGAAGAGUUACUGCAACACUUACCGGCUGUGCUGGAGGAGGUUAAUGUAAAAAAGAAGUAAUAGCUAUUUAUUAUUGUUACGGCUAGACCGUAUUGUUAACAUUCAUUGAGUCAGUCGGAAUUUCUUGUGAGGAAGAAAUGCAUCUUUCAUUCUGCUGAUAUGUACAGUUUCUUCAUAAGAAAUCGAAAAGAAGGAAAAAAUAAGGAAGAAUAAUAGAGCAUUAAAGAUGAAACACUUG